UUGGGCCCAGUAAAUCCUCCCCGGCCAGGAUACGAACCCAUGACAUAGCGCUCGCGGAACGCCAGGCGAGUGUCUUACCACUACACCACGGAGACUGCUUUUAGGAAUGAAAGGGAUUGUUGAUUGCUGCUAUUGUUGAAGGGAAGAGUCCACACUACAUCAGCAGCAGGUCAUCAACAUUCCCAGAGAUACUUAUAGCAGAGUCUAACACGAGCAGCAGUAACAUCUAGGAGUCUGACGAAUCUAUUGCAUGAUCCAUUAAUGUGGCUCGUCUUGCAUGAUAGCAUUAUCUGCUAAGGAAACUCUUAUCCGUACGCCAGCAACACCUUUCAUGACGUACCAAUAUCCAUGACGUCACGACCAAUACCCAUGACGUCACGACCAAUAUCCAUGACGUCACGACCAAUAUCCAUGACGUCACGACCAAUAUCCAUGACGUCACGAGCAGAUCUCCAGCUGGGGCAGAGGAACUGAGGCAGUACACAGCGGGUCCGUCAUCUGUGACGUCACCAAUUACGUUUAGUAUUUACCCAAAUUGUGAACACUGCAACAGUGACGCAAGUUGCACAACGUGUCUCGAAGAAAAAGGACGACCAAGAGUGCAAUAUAAUUAUUAUAACGGCGAGAAGAGCAGCUGUAGAACACGGACAACUGGCUACCGCGCGCGUCCUGGGAGAAAAAAAUAAAUGUUCAAAACGUAUUUGACAUAGAAUUGCGGCCCAGAACUCUUGCGCGCUUCCUGUCUCGAUACGUAUUGUCCCAGACACGCCUGCUGCAGGAGGGUCCCCCGUGAAGUCAUGGAUAAACGUCUUUCUGUUGAUGAAUUGCUGUCAGAGUUACGAUGCGUGUACAGAGACCAUUACAACAGAAAUAUGCCCAAAACGCUUUCUUCAGCAAUUAAAAAAAUGAUAGUACUUGCUAAAAAAAGUGAAGAGGCUGCCUUACAAUUAGAAAAGUUUGCAAAGGUGAAGAAAGAGGAGAGGAAAGUGCAGAUAGUGAGUGCUGUGGUUCCCGCAGGGAUCUUGCCAGAUGGGUACAGCGCUGUGCUUGAAGACAUCAAGAUCCACUCUCGAGGUCCAGAUGAUAAAAUUUAUAGUAAAAAUCCAGACAUUCGCAAAUGGAUUCCCCGCGGUACCACCAUCAUGCAUCUAAAUGGUAAUGUUUCGUUGCAUGAUGUGGUCAUUUAUGCAAACAAGAAGUUUAUCGGUGGUGUUGGGGAUGAAGAUGAAUAUCAACCAGAAGACAGUGAUACAUGGCGUGAAUAUUGUCUUGGCAAUCCAGACAAUGCUAGAAAUGUGGUCUGCAUGAAUAAACUCAAUGGAGAAGCAGCUCAUUUCAGUGGGAGGUAUAUAGAUGAUGAAUUUUAUUUAUUUACUGGAAGCAAGAAUGUUCAUAUGCUGAUUAAAGAGGCCAAGGACAUAGACCAGUAUUAUGGAGAUAGAUAUGGUGUAGCUAAGAUUGUAGCCAGAUCCGUAUGUGAAACCUUGGAUGCCCUAGAAGAUAAGAAGCGGCAUCUCCUAUUCACUCUCCUUCACUAUACAAAAUGUACGGUAUUCUGCGAGGUUCUUCAGCCCUUACAUCAACAUAUAGUUAACAUCAGCCAUCUUGAUCAACCACAAAUCAGUGUAAUCUCAUUUACAUCUACUGCAACCACAGGGACAGAGACAAGCCUCACUGCGAUACCUCCUCACCUUGCCCUGGAUUUAUCUGUAUCUCUAGGAUUGUCAUCCACUACCUACAGUGUCAUAUCACCUCAGGAAGUUUUUGAGCGCAGAAAUAUGAUUCGAGGAAGCAUCAACAAUGAAGGAGAAGUGUUUUAUUUCCUGAAUGAGAAUGAUGAAACCAUUGGAUUAGCAAAAGUGAAGUCAACCUGGUACAUUCUCCUCAGGGCGUUGCGUGAAAAAGCCGUGUAUUGUUUCACAGCGGCCAUGAAAAAAGGUGGCUGGACCUUGGAGCAACAUAUAAAUUCAACCAAUAAACGCUUUCUGGAAAUUCAGAGAUGGUUAAAGCUUUCAGAUGAAUGUCUACAAAAAUGGAAAAAACUUGCUCAACGUUUUCUACGAUGGUUGGAUGCAGAAAUUCGGCUCAAUCACGUACAGAGCAGCAAUAUCCGACCAAAAUUCCCUAUUUUGUGGGAACAGUUUCUUGAAAAUAAUGAACUAACUGACAAAAUAGAAACUGGAUAUUGCUGAAGUGUGUGCAUGCAUGUGUGAGUGCUGUUACUUGCCAUGCAGUGUUAGUGAAUGCUGUGUAUUACACUGGUGUCACUGCUUGGUGAAGUAAGGUACACUGGUGUCACUGCUUGGUGAAGUAAGGUACACUGGUGUCACUGCUUGGUGAAGUAAGGUACACUGGUGUCACUGCUUGGUGAAGUAAGGUACACUGGUGUCACUGCUUGGUGAAGUAAGGUACACUGGUGUCACUGCUUGGUGAAGUAAGGUACACUGGUGUCACUGCGUGGUGAAGUAAGGUACACUGGUGUCACUGCUUGGUGAAGUAAGGUACACUGGUGUCACUGCUUGGUGAAGUAAGGUACACUGGUGUCACUGCUUGGUGAAGUAAGGUACACUGGUGUCACUGCUUGGUGAAGUAAGGUACACUGGUGUCACUGCUUGGUGAAGUAAGGUACACUGGUGUCACUGCUUGGUGAAGUAAGGUACACUGGUGUCACUGCUUGCUGAAGUAAGGUACACUGGUGUCACUGCUUGCUGAAGUAAGGUACACUGGUGUCACUGCGUGGUGAAGUAAGGUACACUGGUGUCACUGCUUGGUGAAGUAAGGUACACUGGUGUCACUGCUUGGUGAAGUAAGGUACACUGGUGUCACUGCUUGGUGAAGUAAAGUACACUGGUGUCACUGCUUGGUGAAGUAAGGUACACUGGUGUCACUGCUUGGUGAAGUAAGGUACACUGGUGUCACUGCUUGGUGAAGUAAGGUACACUGGUGUCACUGCUUGGUGAAGUAAAGUACAGAAAAAUGAUAUAAUCUCAUCGUAAAGUUGAUGUACCAAGUUUUGAUCAAGUGGCCAAGAAAGUUAAUAUUGUGAGCUGGCAUAAUUAUUUUUCAAGUACAAAUAGUAAGAAAGAUAUAGAGUAGUAUUUAAUACUGAAGAUAUCCUGGUUUUUAAAUUAGUUAUUUAACAAAGAUGUUAAUUGCUUAAAUUUGUAUUUUGAUGAAGCUAUUAUCUAAAUAUAAAUAUUUUGAGUACACUA